CGAACAGCUUUUCCUGCAGUUCAACUUGAAAACUUAAAAGUUAAGAAAAAACGUGUUAGUCCUCGAUUAAAACUUGUGCAGAGUGUACUCUAACUGUUUGCUGUGUGCGGGAAGGUUCAAAUGACGACAUCGUGAGAGGACCAUGGAGAAGUUAAAAGCGUCAAAGGUAGACUGUCACGAGAUGCCGCAUCGAAGUACGUUUCUAAUUCGGGAUAUACUUGCGGCCGCUCAAGAUGGUCAAACCAAGAGGGAGCUAACUGCUACAAUUGGAUCGCAGGAGAAUUUUCUACAUAAUGAGAGCAACGACGAGUGCGGGGAUAUCGGUUCGUCGGAGUCAGAUAUAGACGUUGGCCGUGAAGACCCGGACGAUGAUGUGAAGUCUGCUGGGAGCCACUGUCAUCAGUCGCAUGCAGCCGAUUCUUCAUCGGCUCAAAAGAAACCACGGCGAAGAAGAACAGCAUUUACGCAGGCCCAACUCGCCUAUCUUGAGAGAAGAUUUCGAGCUCAGAAAUAUUUGAGUGUCGCGGAUCGAGGACAGGUUGCAGAAACGCUAAAUCUUUCUGAGACGCAAGUUAAAACCUGGUAUCAAAAUCGAAGAACAAAAUGGAAAAGGCAAACGAAUAUGCGGAUUGAACAUCUCAGACAGGGGCAAGGAGGGCUUGUAACGCCUGAAGAACCCGGGCUGGAAGCCGAUCCUGACGAGGAAAGGACAUCGCCCCCAACAAGACAUCUAGCGUUUCUACUUCCGGGCGAACAACGCUCUUCUGGAUCUUUGGUACCCCCUCAUAUCCGUAGCUGCUUCUUGCCCCAGAACAUGAACAGUAUCUUCACUUCCGUAUAUAUGACAAACCUUCUCCAGGGACAUCUGCGGCCUAAAGAACGAGAUAUGAUAUAGACAAUGGCUAAUGCAAAAGAGUUCUACUAAUAGAAAGCAUCAUCUUCAUCACAGUUCUUCCCGAGAAGAAGCGCAUCAGUUAAAAAAUUUGGUUAUUUUUCCUACGGUUAGACAGGGAUAAAUUACAUUUGAAGUAACCAA